AUGUGUUCAGAGUCCCUACUCACGUUCUGGCAAGCUCCGCAGGGCUUUCAGCCUGUCAGUGAUAAUCAGUUGGACUUGGAGGCACUCCACUACACAGGUAGCAGAUCUCAGCCUGAGGCAGCAGCCGGGUCAAAGGCAGCUGAUGAUGCAGGAUCUGGAGGCAUGAAUGUCGAAAUGAAUAGCGAGGAACAUGACCUGAGGGAAAAUAUCCUUGCGAAAGCCCCACUACGUCUCUAUGACUGCGAGAAUGAGGUUUUGAAGGAUCAACAAACAUACCUUCGAGAAACAGGGCAUACCAUUCCACCUUACCUUGUGGUUUCGCAAGUGUGGGGAGACAUUAAACACCAGAUGAUCCUGCCCACUGUCGAAUGGCCCAUCGCUAUUUCAGACCCCGCAAAGUGGGAUAUGAUCCUGGCAUACUGCAAGGCAGAUAAAAGGGUCAAAUGGCUGUGGAUGGACGCUGUCUGCAUCAACCAAAGCGACAGCCGAGAGGCAGAUGAAGAAAAGGCUGUCGAGAUUCCGAAAAUGAACCAUUACUACCGCGGCGCAAUAGCCUGCCUCGUGGUGCCCAAGGACUACUUGAAAUUCCCGUCGGCACACGCACAACUCGUGGAUCUAUCGUACAAUAUCAUGGAAUCCAACGCCUCUGUGCAAGAUAAUGCAUUGAGGAUUUGGGAAAGUAUUGCGGUGCUCGAUGAUGUGAUCGGAGAUGAAUGGUUCUGGAGAGCAUGGACAUACCAGGAGUUUUUGUUGCCAAAGAAACAUGUCCUCCCCGAUGGACAAGAACUGCGGGUCGAUCUAUUGCGACGCUUACUCGACUGGUACCACAAGAUAUUGCGAGACGGCUCUCUGAAAAAACCACAAGGGGGAGCCGAUUACGACUUCAUUCAUCCAGGCAAGGAAUUGGUCAUCUCUGCGCCACGCAAUUGGCAAACCAGAAACCUGCGUCCCCAGAUGAAGGAAGAACUCGAGCAAAACGGACAUGUGAACGUGAUUAGCCUCAUCUGGCAAACCAGUCACAAACAAUCUACGUACCCUGUGGACCGCCUGUUGGGGCUUUAUGGGCUGCUCAGCGACGAAGAGAAAGUAGUAAUCGAUCCAUCUGAAGCCUCUAGUCGCAGUUUGAGCACCGCAGCGCUUGAAUCUAUAUGGGAACGCAUGAUAGCAAAAGCCAUAAUGUCAGGACAAGUAUGGCCAUUACUGCACGACUCCCCGGAGUCCGACGCAGCAGAUGGAAGACAUUGGAUGCCCCAUAUCACAGCCCCUAAUCUUUGGAACGAGCGGUAUCCUGGGGCCGCUCUCGCAGGACUCCACCUGGAAACUAUACACCAUCACAACCAGGAGAAUAUGAAGAUAAUUAACGAUGGAUUGCACAUCAUGGUGCGGUUUGUAGGGUGCGUAAUUGGGACAAGCAUCAACUUUGGGGAUGGGGGAGGGGAGAUGAACAAGAUCAUUCUUUGUACCUGGUCUCUGACGGCCAAUGGUUGCAACACAGAUCCGAUUAUACAGCAACUCCAGCAUGGCCUAGCGACAUCAGACGUGGUCGCAUCGGAGGAGAUCCAAGGUUCUCAAGAAGCACUUUCGGCCGCACUUCAUGCGAGUUCCUCAGACGAUUGUUUAGAACUCAUGAAGAUAGACUUUGGGCGAAAGUUGACUUAUGGUUAUGAGAUUACAGGGUGGAAUAAGAGGAUUCUGUGCUUCCAAAUCGAAGGCCACAGCACACCAUUCGUCGUCUUGGCAUGGAUCCAUUGCAGCAGCCCUCCACAAAUGGGGGAUUGUUGGAUCGUAGACGUCACCUCGCAACCAGCUCAUACGGUUCGUCGUUGGAUUGUGGUGAAUAAAGUGGGCCCAAAGACUUUCAGGAAGAUCGGUACAGCACGUGCUUGGCAACCUAUCGGUGCUAUCUUAAAUCAAAGUUCGGUAUCUAUCAUCCUUGACUAGUACUAUAGAGGUCUCUCUUCCCUUAAUCAUGUCUAAGUGAACAUUAAAAAUGCGAACAAGAUGGGGCUGGACGUAGCUCAAAUGAGAAAGGAAAUCAACUGCAUGCCUAUGCAAGGGGAGUCGCAACCCAAGCGAAAACCUCUUGUCUCCCU